AUGAACCACACUGACGAACAAUCGUCGUUUACCCUUGAAACCGAUCCGGUAGGUCCUUACCUAUAAAUUUGUUCUUCACUAUUCCGAUUGUAUUUUGUAGAUCAAAAACACGGCCCAUAUAAUAUGGAGUCUGACUGCACUCAUUGGAAUUCCUGCCAACAUCUUUGUGCUCGCCGCCAUUGUCUAUUUCCGGUAAGUCUGUGGGUGGAAAACAGAGCAUUAUAACAGGAAACCGAACGGAUACUCAAUCGGAAAUGCGUUUCAAAUUUCGCGAGUAGACUUUAUCAGAAAUUCCGUCGAGAUAGGAACAUAACAUACGCUUCAAAGAAUUCCGAAAAUCAUCCGAAUUUCCGCUAUGAUCUCUGGCCAUGCAAUCUGGGAUUGAGUUUUUAGGGAUAUGCGAACAAUCUCGAACAUUUACAUCUUCAACCUGGCCGUCGCUGAUCUCCUCUUCUUGUGCGGGAUCCCAGUGGCCACAUUCGGCCAGUCGUCAGAAGAUGGAUGGAUCUUAGGACGGAUUAUGUGCAAAUUGUAUUUAUCUGGAAUCGCGGUACUUGAAAUCUAACAGCUAGCCUAUCUAAAAAACGCGUUUCUCAGAUUUCCCAGUUCGCAUCGGCGGUUUUCAUUGCGGUUCUGUCUUUUGACCGCUAUUUAGCUGUGUGUCGUCCGAUUCAAUCGGCAUCUUUCCGGACCACACAAGCAGCCGUGGUCCUUUCCGUUGCCGCCUGGAUCAUGGUCAUUCUGGAAAUGACCCCGUUACUUCUGUUCGUGAAACUUAUCAAGAUGCAUUCACGUAACUUCCAACGCCUAUUAAAAUAAGUAUUAGUUGGUUUUCAGAAGGACAUGUCAGACAGUCAUGCAUAAUGUUUGUUGGAAAUGUGACUGCGCUGGACUCGGGUGAAACACUCAACGAUACCGUCAUGAAUGAGAUUGAGAGCAAUAUGUUGGCUUCGAGAAGGUACGACAAUAAAUCUGAACAAUUUGAGAGAAAACCAGAAACGAAUAAUAUUUUACGACCUUUUGAAAGUUUUGAAGUGCAAUAAAUCUUCCACGGGAAAAGUGCCUAAGACUCAGAUUCUUCUCCUGUGUCCAAAAGAAAGGGACUAUUUCAGAUUCUUCACAAGUUACACGUUCGCUCUAUCAUAUCUCAUUCCACUGAUAGCCGUCUGGUACUUUUAUUUCAAAAUCAUUCUGAAAAUGUGCCAAAGGAAGCGUCAAAUGCACACGAAACGAACGGCGACGAAACGGAGAACUACUAAAGUACGUGCUGGAUUUCAGUGAAAAUCCAGUUCUCCCAAUAAUACGUCACUUUUAUUGGUGGCUUUCAGGUGACUAUUAUGGGUCUCGCCAUUGUCAUCUCAUACACACACUGCUGGCUGCCGUUCUGGAUGAUUCAGUGGGCGCUCGAAUUGAAUCUGUUCAAGGGGUGAGGACUUCCAGCCGGGUGGACACUAUGUCAGAAGUAGAAAGUCCGCGUGACACGAGGCCUCUGUCUAAUGAAAUUCCGGAGUUCAAAUUUCCACUUCUACACAGAGUCAGCUCACAGCUCAUUAGGAAUAGGAACUUUUUGAAUGCAAAAAGCGGAGGGGGAUGGAGUAGACAUGAACUGCUAACAAGCAGACGGACUUAGAGACUACUGUAGAUUCAUUCAAAAGCGUCCUUCAACCAACCAAGUGUUCUUACAGUAGUAGCUACUUACUCUUCUGCCUCGUCCACUUUGCGUUCGCACUGCAAUACAUCAAUUCUGCUGCCAAUCCAUUCCUCUACGUCUUUCUUUCAGAUUCAUUCCAGAAAAAUGUGAGUUUAAGAUUCUGUUCCGUUCAGAGUUUAGAAUUCAAAUUACAGAUGCAAAAGCUUCUGAAAACCGCAAAACCGGAUAAGCAGGUAAUGCUCAAAAACUCCAACAACGAGCCGCUGGACACUUCCAAAAUGCUCAACGUCACAUCGAAUCCAUUAUGCUCUUCGGCGACUAAUUCUCAUUACAGUUGCUAA